CCGGGGCUGCAGCAUGAGGCUGGGUACCCCACGCCUCCUCCGUGCGCUCUGCAUCCUCUCAGUGCUGGCCGGGCUCCUGCCCCAUGGCACGGCCCAGUGGUUCUACCCACUGGGCUCUGAAGACACCACGCCAGAGCCCGGCACCAGCCCCGCAACCCCCACGCUGCCCACCCUGGGUGGAGAGGAAGAUGCUGCUGACACGGAGACCCUGAAGAAGCUGCCGCUGAGCAAACCCCCAUUGGGAACGGACUCGAGGAGACGGGAGCCCUCUGCCAGGACCAAGGGCCAGGGCCGUGCCCCGCUGCGCACGCGAGCCCAGCACAACCACCCCACGGCCACCCCACAGAUCUUUGAGGGCAGCGCAGAGGAAGAGGAGUUCCUGCAGAUCAAGACCACACCGAAGGGGCUGCCCCAGCGUGUGCCCAUGGCCCCCGGGCUGGAUGUGACCCUGCAGAUGCACAAUGGCUCCAACUGCAUCUGCCCUGCGCGCCCCGGUCCUCCUGGCCCCAAGGGAGAGAAAGGCGACCGCGGUUUCCCCGGGGAGCGGGGCCAGCCAGGGCUGUCUGGGGAGAGAGGGAGGACAGGCAGCCCGGGGCCGCCGGGUCACCAGGGGCCUCGGGGCCCCCCUGGACCACCAGGACCUCCAGGGCCACCGGGACCACCGGGUGCUGGGGGAGCCAGGAGUCCACCUGCACCCGCAGCGGUCUCCAAGGAAUCAGAGAGAGAGCUGGGAGCAGCCAGCCCCACCGGGAAGCCAGGACCCCCCCGGCACCCCCAGGGCUGCCUGGCCCCCCCGGCCCCCCAGGCUACCCAGGUCAUGAAGGCACUCCAGGGCUCCCCUGGGCGGGAGGGGCAGCCUGGUCCCCCCGGCCCACCAGGGGCCGUGGGACCGCCUGGGUUCCCAGGGAGUGAAGGAGCUCCAGGAUCCCCCGGCUUGGCUGGGCCCGAUGGCCCCCCAGGGGCACCGGGACUCCCAGGCACACAGGGACCCCCUGGAGCACCUGGGCACGAAGGGCCCCCUGGCCCCCCGGGACCUGCAUCAUUUCCUGGCAAACCAGGGCUCCGAGGAGAGCCAGGAUUCCCAGGAUUAAAGGGUGAGAAGGGUGAGCAAGGACUGCCAGGCAUGCCAGGGAGCCCUGGCCGCACCGGGGAGAUGGGAGCCCCAGGGAUGCCCGGUCCUAUGGGACCACCGGGGCCACCGGGGGACUACAGGUGUGAACCACGCCAUGCUGGGCACCAUGGAGCCACUGGGCAUCAUGGAGCAACUGGGCCACCGGGUCCCAAGGGUGAAAAGGGUGAUCCAGGAGAGCGGGGGUGCUGCUAUGGGGAGCCCGGCUGCAAACCAGGCCAUCUCCCAUUCCCCAGCCCUGGCAGCCAGCCCAGCGCCUGGUACCAACCGCACAGCAAGGAGGAGCCGGAUAUCUACGGAGCAAUCAUCCCCCAUGGUCCCCGAGGUCCCCCCGGUCCGCCCGGUCCCCCGGCCCCCCGGAGCACCAGGACUCCUCUACCUCAAUCGGGUGUAUCCCAUGCGCGGACAGCAGCCCUGCAAGCAGCCGGCAUCGCCCAAUGCAGCCUGGGCAGUGGCUUCUCCAGAUGCUGAUGUUCCUCAUCCAGAGCGGCUGGAGCCCAGUGCCGACCUCCGGG